AUGGCGGGACCAGCCGGCGCUAAACCGGCAACAAAGCAUCAAAUCCCUCCCCGAAUCACUCGGAGACUCUACGCCUCGCAUUUUCUGUCGACAUGGAAUUCCAGAGUCUUCGAGUUCGGCGCCGUACUAUACUUAGCCAAGAUAUACCCGAACACGUUGCUUCCGAUGUCAGCAUAUGCCCUCGCCCGCGGUCUGGCUGCGAUCCUGUUUAGCCCACUUGUCGGUCAAUACAUUGAUUCCGGGAACCGUCUGAAGGUGGUAAGGCUGUCUAUUGUGGUGCAGAGACUUGUGGUAGCCGCAUCCUGCGUCAUAUUCUAUCUUCUCUACCGAGAUCUGUUUCCGAACGCAAUUGUACAAAAUGGCAUGCUCGCACUGCUAGCAGCACUUGCUUCCUUUGAGAAACUGGCCUCCAUUCUAAAUUUGGUAGCAGUGGAGAAAGAUUGGGUUGUCGUUGUGGCUGGGGAUGAUCAUGACUCUUUGCGGGUGGUGAACUCCCAGAUGAGAAGAAUUGACUUACUGUGCAAGUUGUUCGGACCCCUUGGGAUUGCUCUGCUCGACGGCAUUUCCACUGAACUUGCCAUACUCGUCAACCUAGGAAUGAACGUAUUCUCGAUCAUCAUUGAGUAUUUCGCCAUUGCUCGAGUAUACCAUGAGGUACCAGCCUUGCAGGCGCCGAAGCGAAGACCGCAAUCGCCCAACAUCGAGCGGCCAAGUGGAGAAAACAGGGAAAGGCGUCAGUUGCAGAGGUUCACUAAGGUGGCAUCAAAGACUGCCAAAGACCUCCAGUUUUACUUCAAGCACCGCGCUCUCCUACCAUCCCUUGCGGGAGCUCUGCUUUAUCUGACGGUCUUGAGCUUCGGCGGUCAGAUGGUGACCUACCUUCUGUCUUCUGGUUUUUCUUCCACACAAGUCGGUGUCGCUCGGACAUUCAGCGUUGCCUUCGAGGUGAUGGCGACUUGGGUAGCACCGUGGCUGAUGAGCAAGAUUGGUCCCAUCAGAGCUGGUCUGUGGAUGAGCAGCUGGCAGUUGACUACUCUCGUUGCGGGACUCGUUGUCUUCUGGGCCUUCUUGUCGACUCCUGUGGCUUCAGCGAGUGGACUCGUUAUGGGCACAAUCCUGAGUCGAGUAGGUUUGUUUGGCUUCGAUUUGUGUGCACAGGUCAUCGUACAAGAGGAUGUCGAAGCCAGCCGGCGCGGCGCUUUCUCUUCUGUGGAAGCUGCUCUUCAGAACGCGUUUGAGCUGCUAUCGUUUGCUUCAACGAUCGUUUUCUCGAGCCCUGCUGAGUUCAGAUGGCCGACGCUGAUCUCGACAGUCUCGGUUACACUGGCAUGUCUUCUGCAGGCUAUCUUUGUCAGGCAUCGAAGAAAACAUUUGUUGCAUUUCGAACUUCUACAACAUACCAAUUCGAUAACGAGGACGACAAGAUGCAUCUCGAAGGACGACGACCACGCGACUCCAUGA